AUGCUUUGGGGUUCUUACAAGUUUGUGGCGAUUCCGCUCAUACUCGUCUUUUUCUUACUCAGCUGUGGCACUCAAGUGAUACUACCCAAAGAGCUCGAUACACAUCAAAAUGUCAUUGUGGUUUCGAUUUUGACCCUUUUAUUUCCAGCGGCAGCCUUCUUGGCUAAAGUGGCCACCGUGCCUUCUACGCUGUUGCCCCAGGAGCCUCCCAAGGGCGCCAUGAGGCUUCUUUGGCUCCCAGUUGUAUUGGAGUCAUUCAAAUUUUGCAUUUUAUUCAUCGCCAGCAGGAUGGGCAGCCUGGCGAAGGUUUUACAUCACGCCCUUAACGUUGCAUCAUUGCUACUGUUUUUUGUGGUGGCGCUUACACUUUACCAGAAUGCGCCACACAAUAUGGGACUAUACCAACGGUUUUAUAGUCUAUUGGAUAUUUGGGAGGAUUGCCGGUUAGCGCCGCUCCCACCUUCGAAAAUCAAGCAUCAGGGUUCUAUUGCAUCGUUAGGCUCUAAUGGCUCCGGAGAAUCAGAGGAGGCGCCUUCCUUCAACUUGAAUUCCUUCUCCGGUAAGUCCAACAGGGUUCUUUCCCAGAGCAAGCUGAUGCCUAUAUUAUCCACUCCGCUGCUGUCAGUGCUGGGCGCUAUUGACCGCUUUUAUUCUGUCUCCCCCAAGAAUACAUUGCAUUUGGCGUCCGAUGAUGAGUCCUUACAUAAUGGGCCGCACGGUUAUAAUCCGUACGACAGCUUAUUUAGAAGCGGCCUGUUUUCGUAUGAGCACUCAGACGUCCCAAGCCCUCUUGAUGGCCCUGACGUUAGUUUCGAAGGUUCCAUAAACUCUUGUGAUCCGAUGGAUCCACAUUGCUGCAAUGGGGCUGGAUCCUCAUUGAGCAUCAACCAGUUACCACCAAAGGAUAGCACACAUUCAAGCUCUACCUCAUCCUCGGCUUCAUCGAAGUCCUCGAGGAUCGGCUUCCUUAAGUGGUUCCAUUGGUUGUUUCCCUUCAAUUUCUUUCAGAAGCGCAAGUCCAAAGCCUUCUACCGCAGACUUCAGCGGGUGCAGAUAAAGCAAAGGUUCUCCACAUUUAGUUUGAAGAACGAGGCCUCUUCUCUUUUAUCAACUGAGAAACCUCCGCUUUAUGGCUCGCUCGAUUUAGAAAGUCAGACGUUCACGCCAGCGUACACUCGCCAAUACAACUGUCAUGACUUCUAUCAGUUUGCAAAGUUCUCAAACGCCAACUAUGAUGAAUGGGUGUCAACCACAAAUCAAGUUGAUCCUAUCUUCAGGAAGUUUGGCGUGACUAUUGACCAAUUCAGCAUAUUCUACUUUGUUGCAUACGUGACUGAGCUUAUCUUAGCUCAGUUCGUCUCUACCAUGACCCUUGCAUUACCAUUCUACAUGUCGAUCCUGGUGGGUCAGACAUUGGCACUUUACUCAGGCAUGUUCAUAUGUCAUUUAUUUUGCACAAAUUUCCUCAAGAACCAGAGUGAAAGAUCAUACAAAUUCAACAUUCUCACUGCGUUAACAGUGAGAAUUUUAACCUUCAGCGGCCUCGUUGCACUUUACGUGAGUGCAUCUUGA